CAAGGGUAAUGUAUAAACGGGAUGAGAUCAGAUCGCAACGAACUGGAAGGCACGUAGAACCCCUCCGCCGUCAAUUCCCUGUCAAGAAGAUGGCACUUGGUAGCCCGAAGGUGAGCGGGUUCGCCGUCGGUUCCUUGCCGGACCUGUCCACGUGUCCCUGUCCCGGCCCGGCCGUCACUUCUCACAUCCAGAUUCCAUCACCGAGAAAGCGGAUUGUCGAGCCGGAGCUUGCCGACUGAGGAAGCAGCAAGGCCCCAUACGCAUGUCCAGCUGUCAAGGACACACUGAUGUGGGCGAGGCGGUCUGCUCAGCACAGAUUGUCUCAGCAGCGGGGGCAUAUCGAAGCGCAGCCGCGAGUCAAAUCAAGACAGGGGGUAGCUUCAACAUCACCGCAUCUUCUUGCCCAAGAGAGUCCAGAGAACACUGGCACUACAAACUCCUGCCAGGGCGGUGUACAGACAUUCCGGUUGUCACGGACGCGGCAGGCACCAUGCAGCCCCGGCACGCAGCUAAUUAGAUUGACGACAGGGCCGAAGAUAAGCGGGUUACCGCGUGGCCAGUGCGGCAGAAGAAUUAACAGGCCAACAGAGAAUCGAGGAGGCGGAAUGAUACUUUUCCCCUGGUAUCGAACGACAUGUUGCCAUUGGCUAUCAUUGUCGAUCAUGCAUGCCUGGGCUUUUGGAAGUUGGUUGCAAAGAAUGGCUCAGAUUGUCGAUUAUUUCCGAAAGGCCCGGGGUAAAAACUAAGGGGGCCCGAGGGCCAAAACAGCCCAUGCCUGGCCCUGUGUCCUGUGCGAAUGCAGUUUGAUGGCUGGAUAAAUAUUUAACCAGU